AUGGGAACGCCAAUCCAUAGUCAAACUGAUGGUAACAGUGAAUAUGUGCAGGCUGUGCAAAGACUUACCUCAAUUCUUUGGAAACACCAAAGGUUUCCUUGGCUAUGGCUAAAGCCAAUCUGGUACUUAAGUGGAUUUGGAUUCGAGUUUAACCGUCUUGUCAAGCUUACCAACGAUUUUACUAGGAAGGUGAUAGCUGAGCGAAAAUAUAUUGUGGUAGAGGGAGAGAGAGAACUAUGUGAGGACAACGAAGGCAGUACAAAUAAAAAGAAACUAGCUUUUCUGGAUCUUUUACUCUAUAUGCAACGGUCACAUGAGUUCACUGAUGAAGACAUAAGAGAAGAAGUCGACACGUUUAUGUUCGAAGGUACCUUUCCAUGA